UUCCUCACAACUUUCGCCUGCUGCAGUGUGUUUGUGUGUCUGUGUGUGUGUCAGUGUGGGAGGGAUAAAAAAAAAAUAUAUAUAUAUACGGCGUGCGAAUUUGUUUAUGAGAAAGGUUUAAUUGUUUUGCACUAAAUAAUAUUUAAGUUCUCAAGCAGCUUUUGCUUAAAAAGGGGGAAAAAACAACCCCAGAAGGAAAACAGCCCACUCCUGGAAGAGAAAUCAAGGCUGUCACCAUGGUUGCCACAAGCACAUUAAAGACCAAAAGCAGCGAAUGUAUCUCUGAAUUGGUUGACCGAAGAUAUGACCAGGCUUGCAUUGAGAAAGAACUGGACUUCUGGGAUCACUGCUUGGCUGAACCCCAGAGAAAUGCAGAUGUCACAGAGGAUAGAACCUGUCAACAGCUGGCCAAGAUGUUUGAAAACUGCCUGUCACGAGCCAAGAAGACGACGCUGCACUGCUCCUCUGUGCUGGUACCGGAGAAGCUCACGCGGAGAAUAGCUCGCGAGGUCCUGCGGCUGUCGUCCUGCGAGCCCUGCGGCCUGCGCGGCUGCGUCCUCUACGUCCACCUGGAGCUGGACAAGGGCUGCAAGCGGUUGGACCGCAUCGUGUACGAUGCCACCGUGGUGCCCACAUUUGAGCUGACUCUUGUGUUCAAACAGGAUGGCACUGCCUGGCCCAGCCUGAGGGACUUCCUUUUCAUGGGAACCUGCUUUGCCCCAACUUUCAGGCACGUACUCAAACUGAGUCCAGGUUUCCGGCUUGUCAAGAAAAAACUGUACUCCUCCUCGGCUGGUACCGUGGUAGAGGAGUGCUGAACUAUGGGAGGGAUUAGAGUGGGAUAUCAGGUUUCCUGUGGGUAAACGCACUUCUGCCCAAAUGUAAAUGACACUCCAGUGGUGUCAUAUUUUCUACAGUGUUUUUGUACAAUACACUUUGUCCGUUCAACUAUUAGUAGCCAGUCGAUCAGUUUGGAGCUUGGGAUGUAAAGUUAAAGGUUAUGCAUAAAUGAGCCUCAUAGUUCUGGGUUUGGCUUCAGUGUUUCUAAAAGUUUUUUUUUUUUUUUUUUUUUAAAUCAGCAAAAUUGUAAUAUUCUGGGUGUUUUUUUGUUUUUUUCUAAUCGGAGCAUUUGUUGCUCAGACACAAUUUUAAAAUCGUACAUUUUGCAGAGACGAAUGUAAAAAUGUUCACGUCAACAUGUUUGAGAGGGACAUACUGUGGGUACACAUUUGUUAAAGACACUAGCCACUUUGUUGAUGCGUCUGCACGUUUCCAGAUGCGUUGAAUGUGUUCAGCAGCAAUAAGCACACCUAGGCUUGAAUAGGAAGACUGAACUUUGAGUCUUUUGGGGGCCAUAUGUAGCUAGUUGUGUAUUGCUGUAUUUAGGGCUGCGGAUGUUUUUAAGACUGAAUGUCCUGUGAAGAUGCUGCUGCCGUGGUGUGGGCUUCUCACACUAGGGCAACGUGGAUGCCUUAAAUGUCUGUUUUCACUUGGAUCACAGCUACGUGUACGUUUAGUGUAAAUGUUUUAUUAAAUUUUUAUUUUAUACCCCCCCCACCCCUAGACCUGCUUUUCAAUGCAGCGCCUUUAUAGAUUAAAAGGAUGGUUCACCUGAAUGUAACAGCUUAUUUGUUUUUUAUGUAAUUGUUAACCGGGACGUGCAAAGAAAUUACUGGAGGUCCAGCUGGUAAUUUGUGAUUUUUGGUAAAUUCCCUACAGUCUAUUUUUUUCUUUUUUCUUCAUGCCAUGUGAAACUUCCUGUUGAAGGAAACUAGAUCUUGUCUAUUAGACAAUAAAAAAUUCAAACUGA